GCUAAGAGUAUAAUCUAUACUCUAAUAAAAAGUCUCUCUCUCUCUAGCUCUCUAGCUCUCUCUCUCUAAAUCUCUUGUAGUAGGUGAAAUGAAAGGCUCUGAUGAUAGGGUCGUAGCGAUUGAUUGAGUUGAAGAGCUAGCUACCAACUUAACUACUGCUCAACUCAAGAAACACUUGUUUCAGUCUUGCGUGAAUAAUAUAGGUGAAUUCAUCUUUGAGCAAGAAAAGGGGGCAAGGAAUGGAUGAAGUUGUGGGGAAAAUAGUUGACAACAAACAGAUUAUAUUUAAGGGAUACAUAGAAGGAGUUCCGAAGGAAUCAGACAUGGAGCUAAGAUUGGGUAACAAGAUUAAGCUUGAAGCUCCAAAAGGGUCUGCUGCAUUCUUGGUCAAGAAUCUUUAUCUCUCUUGUGAUCCAUAUAUGCGAACCCGAAUGCGGGAUUUUCAUGCCUCCUAUAUCCCACCUUUUCUCCCUGCUUCUGUCGUCCAAGGAUUUGGAGUGUUCAAGGUGAUCGACUCUGAUAACCCGAACUUGAAGCCCGGUGACAUAGUUUCAGGUUUCACGGGAUGGGAAGAGUACAGCUUGCUUCACGACACCGAGCAGUUGAGGAAAGUUGAAGCAGACAACGACAUACCACUUUCCUAUUACAUCGGCCUCCUAGGCAUGCCAGGUUUUACAGCUUAUGCUGGAUUCUACGAGGUUUGUGCCCCAAAGAGGAAUGAGCGCGUGUUUGUCUCUGCUGCCUCCGGAGCUGUCGGGCAGCUGGUUGGCCAGCUUGCUAAGUUACACGGAUGCUAUGUCGUUGGAAGCGCUGGGAGUAACCAGAAAGUUGAUCUUCUCAAGAAUAAGCUUGGAUUUGAUGAAGCUUUCAACUAUAAAGAAGAGCCGGAUCUUGAUGCAGCUCUCAAAAAAUACUUCCCAGAAGGCAUCGACAUAUACUUUGAGAACGUCGGGGGAAGCAUGCUGGACGCUGUGCUGCUCAACAUGAGGAUUCAUGGCAGAAUAGCUGUGUGCGGAAUGGUGUCCCAGACAGGGAUCGGGGCACCUGAUCAGCAAGGGAUUCGAAACCUGCUGAGCAUCGUCCCAAAGCGCGUAAAAAUGCAGGGAUUUCUGCAAAGCGACUACCUGCAUUUGUUUGGGAGGUUCGUGGAAGAAGUUGGGAGUCUGUACAAGGAGGGGAAGAUAACAUACUUGGAAGAUAUGAAUGAAGGGUUGGAGAGUGGGCCCGCUGCCUUUGCCGGACUCUUUACCGGCAAAAAUGUAGGCAAGCAGGUUAUCUGUGUAUCCCGUGCCUGAGAAGAACUCACCAAAUUUCCAACAACCAUGUUGGAUUCUGUUUUCUUUUUUUCUUCUAUAUUUCUUUGAUAAGACAAAUAGUUAAAUGGAUGUGUUUGGUUCUUACUA